AUGAACCGAAGGCACCAAGUGCGUGUCAAGCCAUGGAUGGUGCUGGUCGGUGGCUUCAGUCUGAUGAAGUUGAUGGGAGCCUUUGUGCCACCACCACAGGGCAAGGCGGUGCCAGUGAGAUGCACACCACACCUUGGGGCACGCCUCGUUGGGCAUGUGGUUGGCUCAUGCAUCAUGGUAGCCCCAGCCUAUGCCUCUGACACGUCGGGGCUGGAUUUUCAACAAUUCGUUGAAGAGUUUGCGGGGAAUAAGGACUUCUUCGUUGCCUUGGCCAGCGCCACCCUAUCAGUGGCGGGGACUGCAGUUGCAGUGGCUCAAUUGGAUCAAGCAUUCAACGCCUCUCCAGAAGUCAAAAUCCAACAAGCGCUGGCAAAGGCCAUGGAGCCUUUUGAACCCAGCAGGCCGCAAGACGAGGUCAUCCAAAGGCCAGUGAUGGAAACUCUCCGGCAACGCAUUGCGAGCUGGCAACAACAUGCGACCAUCAUUGGGGGUCGGUACCAGUCAGGCAAGUCUGUGGCAAUAGAAGAAGCCUUGCGCGGGGUGCGAGGUGUUGUGUGA